GAUCUUCAAGAUUGAGAUCCAAAACCUCCCAAGACAUUUUGGAUUUGCGGUUCCCAUCUGAAGUCCAUCCAGAUGAUCCUUGAUAAGACAGCAGACGGUACAGGCAUCGACUCCAACACCCUAGCCUUACAGAUGAAGGGCCAUCCUGAGCUGAGGGACAAGCUUCAUGUCGUCACCUCAUGGGGGCCUUUGCCUGUCUACCCUGGGGUGGUCAACUCAGAAUUACCUGAGGAUCUCAAGACAUCUAUCACCAGGCAUCUUCUCAACAUGCAUCUCGACCCCAAAUGGCAAGCUCAACUGAACCAAAACAUGGUGUCCAAAUUUGUGCCGGUUACACUGGAUCAGUACCAAGGAUUGUUAAAAUAAACAAACAAAUGUUCCAAUUAACCAAAAAGGGAAACCGACGAUUAGUGCAUUAUAA